CCCGCAACCGCCGAAACGACCUCAUCCAAGCCCGUUGCCGUGGCAUCUCCCUGUCUAAUCGCUGACCUGCUCGUCGCAUACACACCACACCGCCCCCGAACCCCUCCCACUAGACACCAUGUCCGACCCCAAGAUUCAGGAGCUGCUCUCCAAGCCUAGGUCAGAGUUGACGUAUGUCCUCCCUACAACCCUAAUUCCUUCAACCCAAUCCCCUUCAAUCCAAACCCCCUCGACCCAAGUCCCUACAACCCGAAAAAAUCCAGACUCACAACUUGACAGCGAAUAUGAAGUCGCCCAGGUCGAGGAACACGAGCUCACCACCGGGCCUCUGUCCAUCCUCCAGACCGCCGUUCGCUCGCGCACACAAGUCCUGAUCUCCUGCCGCAACAACCGCAAGAUCCUCGCCCGCGUCAAGGCCUUCGACCGUCACUGUAACAUGGUCCUCGAAAACGCGAAAGAGAUGUGGACCGAGACCCCACGGUUGGCAAACGGCGCCCAUGGCAGGAAGGUCAACAAGGACCGCUUCAUCUCGAAGCUUUUCCUCCGCGGCGACUCCGUCAUCCUUGUAUUGUUGUCUUAAGCGCGUGAGGGUCAUGGCGGUGGCAGAGCUGGGACGCGACAACGAUCACGAUCUUGGAGUUUGGAAUG